AUGUUCCGCCGCCACCCCAACGCGGGGGCGGCGCAGGGGUGCCCCGGCGACGGCCGCGUCCGACGGAGAGACCCGCGGCUGCUGCCCACGCUGACCCCGUUCGAGCCCUGGGCGACCCGCGGCGGCGCCAGGAGCUCGCGGGUCCUGGGGGACGGCGGCGCGUGGUGGCAGGACCGGGACUCCGAGCCCGCGGUGCGCGCCCGGAGCCCUGCGCCGCGCCUGCCGGCCGUGGCCGCUGCGACCCCGCGGCCGCCGCAGAGCCGCUCGGUGCUGGAGUCGCUGCUGCUGCCGCCUCUGCGCUCUGCCCGCGCGUCCCGGGCGUCGGCCCCGCGACGUCUCGGGCCCCGAGAGGGCGAGGAACCCCGCAGGGGAGUGGCCGGGGAGGCCCCGGACUCCCUGGGCGCGCUCCUAGGGGAGCUCCUGCCCAACAGGUUCCGCGAGUUCCUGUGCCAGCUGCGGGACAAGUGUGCGGAGCAGCUGGAGCCGCCGAGCCAUGUAACUAGGAAGACCCCCGCGAGGACGGUCUGUCCCCCGCGAAGGCCCCCCAGCGUCCCCUCCACCUCCUGCGGGGUCCCAGCACCCUCGACGGCGCGGCACCAAAGGGGCGCAUCCGAGCACGGCCAGGGCUCUGCCCAGUGUCCCGGCUGCCCGUUCCUCCCACGCCUGCGGGCCCAGCCGUCGUGCCUCCAGGACAGCCUGAAGAAGAUCCUGCAGCAGCAGCUGACGGCCCUGGGGCCGCCGAGGGGCGACCACCCGCCCUUCUCCGGGGUCAGGAGGCACCACAGUCCACAGCCCCCCAAGCUCAAGGCCGCGCUCGCCCACAGCUCCCAGAGGGACAGCUCAGGGCCGCGCAGGCGCUGCUGCCCGUUCCGCGUGCGAUUUGCUGACGAGACACUGCGGGAGUCUGCCCUGCGCUACUGGGAGCGCACCUGCUCAGUCCAGCAGAGCUUCGUGGACAGCAGGACGCCCACCUUGCCGGACCUGUCGGAGCAGGUGUCCCAGAGCAUCGAGUCAUGGCUGGACCACCUGCCCAGAAGCCUGAGCUGCCUGGCCAGGGAGCAGGCCAGGGCCAGCCUCUCCCGCUGGGACUGCCCUGACCCGCCCGCCCAGGAGCUGCAGGACCAUCUCUCGGAGGACGCCCCCAUGAGCCGCAGGCUGCCUUUCCUCACCAGGGCCAGCACCCCGAGGCAGCGAAGGGCCCCCCAGGCCUCCCUGGACACCCACAACACCCAGGGGCAGGUGGACAAAGCGCCCAGCUCCUGCAGUCAGAAGCUGGAGUCCUUUCUGCCCGGCCUGGUCCUGCAGUCCGUCUUGAGACGGGGCCGCCCCAAGGGCUACCAGCUCCUCCUGCCGUCUGCAGCAGCCCAGCGGGCUCAGAGGUGA